CCGGCAACAACACUCAGCAUUCCAGCGAUGGCAGGAAGCCAGGAGGCGGAGCCAAUGGCUGGAAAAGCCUCGAAGACGACGCCCUCGGAAUGGCAGGAGAAAGAGGAGGGGGGCAGGGAGCGCCAAGCGGGGGCUGGGCGCGGUCCGGGGGCAGCGAGGGGAGUGGGGAGAGCUCUGGAGGCCGUAGUUCAGACAGGGACGCCCAGAGGAAUGGUCCCCGGAGACGCGGCCCCCCUCCCUGGGCCGACUCCUGUCCUCCUCUCCCGGUCAGACGUGGACCCCCGUGUCCUCUGCAACACAGGCUGGGGCCAGACCCCUGUACGCCAGAACACUGCCUGGGACGUCACCGCUCCCACCCCGAGACCAGAUGACAAGAAGCCCAGCAACGGGGGCCCCGGCUGGGGGUCGUCGGGCCACACAGCCCCGUCUCACACCUCCAGCUCUGGAGGAUGGGGCGCCGGGCCGGUCAGUGCCGCCCCGGAGCCAGGUGGGUCCGGCUGGGGUGAUCGGGACACGAGCAGCACUGGCAACUGGGAUGAUGGGAACGCCUACAACAAAAACAACAACAACCACUCGUCCUCUGCUUCUUCCUGGGGGCACAGCCAGAAGGAGGACCGCUCCAACACCUGGACCAAUGCCCCGAAGCCCCAGAAGCAGGGCUGGGGUGCCCCGAGUGGAGGUAGUGGGGGCAGCAACCACUGGGGCGAGCCCCAGAAGACCAACGGUUCUGCGGGUUGGGAAAGUGAUGGCGACCGCUCUGGUUCCGGGGGGUGGGGUGAACCGGCUCGCGGCGAUGCCAACUCUGCCCCUAAUAGUAACAGCAGCAACACCUGGGGCUCCAGCGCCCCAGUCCCGGCCCACAGCAACAGCCCUGGCUGGGGCGAGCCCCCCAGGUCCAGGUCCCAGAGCCACCAGGGAGGGUGGGGCGAGCCUGCACUGAAGCAGCAGAGCUGGGCAGAAUCGGGCCCCUCCGGAUGGGGGAAUGGCCCCGAGUCCAAUUCCGGUCCUAGAGGCCCUCCGCCGUCAGUCCCUGGGGGCCCCAAACCAAGCGGGUGGAUGGGCGGGCCGGUCCCCGCUGGCUCCUCCCAGAAGGCGGAGGAGGCCACGGGAUGGGAGGAGCCCAGCCCAGAGUCUGUGAGGCGGAGGAUGGAGGUUGACGAUGGGACAGCGGCCUGGGGGGACCCCAGCAAGUACAACUCUAGUGGAGUCAACAUGUGGAACAAGACCAACCAAUCAGAGCCGGAGGCUGUGGUCAUGGCCGCGCCCCCCCAGCCGCCACACCCCCAGCCUAUGCAGCCGCCGCCACACCCCCCACCCCAGAACACCACCACCAGCAAGGACAACAGCCCGGGUUGGGGUGAUCAGUACGGGGCUCCCCAGAAGAUGGAGUCUGGAACGUGGGGCGAGUCAGCGGGCCCCCCAGUCUCCGUGGACAACGGGACGUCCGCCUGGGGGAAACCUAUGGACACCAGCUCCACCUGGGAAGACCCGCGGGACACCAGGGCCCCUGCUGGCAGAGGAGGCUGGGGAGGAUUGACUGGAUCUCAGAACCACCAUAAGCCUGGUCCCAAGCCUGUGCAGCAGCAGGAAAACCCUAACUGGUGUCGGGAGGAGGUGUCCAGCCAGCCCAGCUGGGAGGCCGAGGAGGAGGUGGAAAUUGGCAUGUGGAGCAACACUCCCAGUAACCGGGAGAGGGAUGGUCAGGACCACAGGAACAAUGAACCAUCGCAGCAAUGCAACAGCUGGAACUACAUGAAGAAGGUCCCUCCAAAGAUGAACAAGCCAGUGAAGCAGGAGGAUCCUUGGAUGAACCAGUUCGUCAAGCAGUUUAACAACAUGAAUUUCCCAAGAGAGACUCCUGAAGACUCAAUAAAGAGUAACAAGAUGGAGAUGGGAGGGGGGAUGAUGUCUGAUAAGCGUAUGGAUGUGAACAUGGAGUACAACAGUGGGAUGGGGAAAAGCUCCAGCUCCCGCCACCAGAUCCACAAAGAACCUCCCAUGGACAGAAGCCCGUACUACGACAAGAAUGUAACCUCCAUGUAUGGGGCCAGCGGUUUAGCACAAGGUCGCAACGGCCCCCAGACUCCAACACAACCCCUGAACUCUGCUCAGUCCAGUCUCCGCAACCAAGUGCCUCCACCAAUCAUGUCCUCUCAGGUCCCUCCCUCCCUGUUGAAGUAUUCUCCUGGUAAUGGAGGUAUGAACCUGUUUGGCCCUCAGCAGGUGGCCGUUCUCAACCAGCUGUCGCAGCUCAACCAGCUGUCGCAGUUAAACCAGAUCAACCAGUUACAGCGUCUCCUCCUCCAGCAACAACAGAAGGCUCAGUUGCAGAGUCAGAGAACCAUGCCUGUCGGGCGGCAACAAGACCAGCAGGGCCGUCCUAUUGGUUCAUCAUCCCAGUCGAUGAUGCAGCCUCCGCGUCACCUUGACCCCUCCCUGUUAAAGCAGAACUCCGCCCACCAGCCCCUCAAGUCCUAUUUGGACAACUACAUGCCCCAGAAUGCAUCUGAGCUGCAGAAGGACUCUAGUUCCAUGGGCACUUUCACUAACUUCCCUUUAGGCUUGAACUCUAACUUGAAUGUAAGCAUGGACAUGGGUGGCAGUAUGGGGUACAAGGAGCCCCAGUCUCGUCUGAAAAAGUGGACGGCUAUGGACAUGUCUGUCAACUCUCCUCUGGAGCACAACCCCAGCAAAUCUGGUGCUAUGUCGUCUGGGCUGCAUCUGGAGGAUUCUCCCUUUGGGAGUCACUAUGACUUCCUGUCUGCUGGCUCCGCCCCCCUUAGCCCUCCCGGCCAAUCAAUGGGCUCGGUGGGAGACGGCUGGCCCCCUCGUGCCAAAUCCCCCCAUGGAAACACCAAUGUAACCUGGCCCCCAGAGUUCCGGCCCGGAGAGCCGUGGAAAGGUUACCCCAACAUCGACCCUGAGACUGACCCCUUCGUGACCCCUGGUAGUGUCAUUAACAACCUCUCCAUUAACACCGUCCGCGAUGUCGACCACCUCAGGGACCGCACAGGGUCAUCCUCAUCACUGAACACCACGAUGCCUUCUAACAGUGCCUGGUCAUCUAUCCGUGCCUCCAGCCACAGUGGUUCUCUCACCAGUACAGCACAAAGCACUUCAGCCAGGUCUAGUGAGUCUAAAUGGUCUCCAGGUGGCUCUAACUCCUCUCUGGCCCAUGAGCUGUGGAAGGUCCCUCUGGCUCCUAAAGGUCUGUCGGCUCCCUCUCGCCCCCCUCCCGGCCUUACCAGCCACCCCCAGAAACCCUCCUCAUCCUGGGGGGACCCUCCGCUUCGCAUGGGGGGCUGGGGGACGGACACGAGAUACACACCUGGUUCUAGUUGGGGCGACAGCAGCAGCAGCAGCUCAGGGAGAACCAACUGGCUCGUUCUCAACAAUCUCACACCUCAGAUUGACGGCUGUACUCUGAGGACUCUCUGCAUGCAGCACGGCCCCCUGAUCACAUUCCACCUGAACCUGCCACAUGGCAACGCUGUAGUCUGCUACAGCUCCAAGGAUGAGGCCGUCAAGGCACAGAAGAGUCUGCACAUGUGCGUACUAGGGAACACUACUAUUCUGGCUGAGUUUGCCAGUGAGGAAGAAAUCAACCGUUUCUUUGCACAAGGUCAAUCAUUGGCUGCUGCCUCCCCAGGCUGGCAGGCCAUUGGCUCCUCUCAGAGCCGAAUGGGCGGAGCCAUGGAGGGAUCUCACCCCUUCCCCAGCCGUGCGCCCGAGCCCAGCCAAUGGAACGGCAGUGAUCUCCACAGCUCUUCCCUUUGGGGCGGGCCCAACUAUUCCACUAGCCUAUGGGGGAAUCCUAGCCCCGGCGAGGGUGGGAGGAUCAGCAGUCCUUCUCCAAUCAGCUCCUUCCUUCCCGUGGAUCACCUGACAGGGGGCGGUGACUCCAUGUAAAGCCGCCUGUCAGGCGAAACGCUGGUGACCGUGGCGACGGACAGUGUAGUUCUAGAAUCAUUAUCACCACAGUCUCAAAAACGCAGAAGAAAAGGAAAAAGACCAAAAAAAUAAUAAUGAAUAGGUAGAAAACGCAAUGGCACUAGUUGGACUCUUUCUCACUUACAGAUAGAGGACGAAGGUUUCACCCUGUGGAAAAUACCUUACGUUCUUCUCUGCACAUAUGUCCACUUUGUUUUCGCCCAAAAACAUAUCAGUUGGUAUACUUGAAUCAUGCAGGCCAAUUCUAUAAUGUGAAAGGAUUCUAAACCAGGUAGUGCUCUUUUGACCGAAAAAAAAAAAGAAGCUUCGACCGAGCUUAUUUUUGUCUAAUCAUCAUGAUGUUUAUUUGAAUUCCAGUUAUUUUAAUUUUAUUUUUAUUAUUUGCAUUUGUUUGCUGACAUUGUUGGAGUAUGAGCUUUUUUUAACUUUGCACUGAAUGUGGUUUUUUCUCAGUAUAUAAUCUGCAAUAUAGAGGGAGCUGCCUGUUCCGCUGUAGCAGUUUACUCAAGGAGGUUCUUACGGAGUGUGUGUAAGUGUGUGCGUGUGUGCGUGUGUGCAUGUGUGCGUGCGCGAGUGUGCGCUCUCCUCUCUGCCUUGGCACAAGUACCUUACGGUGGUAUUGUGGAGAACCAGAUCAACAUAUAUAAAUGCUGACUUAGGAUUAUUUGAUAUUAAAGACAGAAGUAUUGCACCAAUGUUGUGUUUUAAAACUAAAGAACGUGAGGCCUGCAGUGCGAAGGACUGUGGCCUCCCACAGCUGUCACUAGACGUCUCUAUGCCGGACAGAUCAGAACAGCACCCUGACAGCAGAGGGUGAGCAUGUUGUUAUUUGCAGCCUUCUGGUUUCAAUGUUGUUAUGGAGACGGCCUACGGUUGUUAUAGAGACUGCCUCCAGUUGUUAUGGAGACAGACUCUUGUUUACAGGCCUUAGGAGGGCGAUGGUUGAGUGGUCAUCUUCCUUCAUUUUACAAACAAAAAAUAUUUAAAAAAAACGUACCAAAAAAAAACACAAAAUGUAAGAAAAAUUAUUGAACAAAAAAAAGUCUGUAGAGGAUUAAGACGAUGCUUUGAAACUCUGGGAACAUGGGAACAAUGUUUUGGCCGGGCAGUGUGGAUCGAUCAGUGUUUGGGCAUGGCCUGGCCUGGCAUGGGUCGGUCUGUACUUUGGCGUGGCCUGGCAUGGGUUGAUCUGUGUUUUGGCGUAGCCUGGCAUGGGUCGAUCUGUUUUGGUGUGGGUCAGUCCGUGUUUUGGCGUAGCCUGGCAUGGGUUGAUCUGUGUUUUGGCUUAGUCUGGGUCAAUUGGUCGAUCUGUGUUUUGGUGUGGGUCAAUAAGUGUUUUGGCAUAGCCUGACGUGGGUCAAUAAGUGUUUUGGCAUAUCCUGACUUGGGUGGACCUGUGUUUUGAUGUGGGUCACUCAGUGUUUUGGCAUUGCCUGACGUGAGUGGACCUGUGUUUUGGUGUGGGUCACUCAGUGUUUUGGCUUAGUCUGGGGUUGGUCGAUCUGUGUUUGGGCGUGGCCUGGCCGUAGUAUUGGUUAUUGGACCCAUUCCCUCUCGUCUGCUAAAUAACCAGCUAUGGUUCUCAGGAAGUCUGUUUUCCACCCUAGGUCCUCUACUCCCCUUGUAGGAAACAUCCAACUUUUAGCACUGAAACUACUUCAAGCUGUGUGAGUAAGUUUUUCUCUGCCAAAUACCUGCUUAAAGCUGGAGUAGCUCCACAGUAAACUGCUUUCCAAUAUGCUGUCUUUAAAUGGAGGGAUAGAGCUAGGGAGUGAUGUAGGGAGGCUGCAAAAUCUGAGUAUGCAUCCUUUGUCCUCCAAGUGGUGUGUGCGUGCGUGCGUGCGUGUUUGUGUGUGUGUGUGUGUGUGUGAGAGAGGUCAUUGGAACUGUGUGUGACUGAACCAUGUAGUUGAAGUGUAUCUAUGCAUAUUGUAGCCAGUCCGGUCUACAGACAGACAUGUUCUGUCCAUGUCACAAAGUUAAGAUGUUUUAAAAUGUUUCCAUAUAAUUAAUAAUGCGAUGAUGGUUAUUAAAAUUAUCGUGUUUCAAUCUCUCUCAUUGCCACAGAUGGUGUUGAAGAAGAAAAAAAAAAAAAAAAAAAAAAAAAAUUCAGUUGUAUUUUGCUUGAGAAUAUUUUAACAGUGCAGAAGUCGUCCACAUUUCAUUGCCUUGAUUCUACUUGUGUCCUGAAGAGGAAAUACAACUAGUCAAGUGUCUUUUACUGUCUGCGUGUUUACAGUGGAACAUGAUUGUAAUGUCUAACUGAACCUACUCGCUGGGCCGCGUCCAAAACGGAACGCUCCCCUUGAGGGCACUACAGAGGCCAGAGCCUACUAGGGCGUAGUGUGUAGGGAGCAGGCAGCCAUCUUAAGGGCCGGAUCCGAGGAAUCGGGACGUUGGCUGCUUCAUACCUUCAGAUGGCACGGGGGUGGGGGGCGUGGUCAGGGGUGAAUGUAACCUAUCAGUGGAGGUAAAAAAAAUAAAAAAAAAAUAAAAAAAUAAAACAGCAUUUGAAUAAUGUACAUAGAUUUACAGACUAUUUACAAUAUUGAUUGUUUAGUUACAACGACAAUAAUGCACAAUGUGUGAAAGCUUCGGAGGGGGGAGAUGUCAGCAUUAGGCAAAGCCAUGGACCUUCAUUUCUUUACUUUCAUUUAUCUAGUGUCUUUCAAAACUGCACCCCCCCCCCCCCCCCCCCCCCCACCGGUAGUUUUAUUUGACAUGUAGAAGUUGCUAGUUGUGUUUUUAAUUUGAGUUCAGUGUUUUGAGUGACUUCAGUGUCAUCCUGCUGGAACCCGCAAAUGUGGCAUGCCCGUAUCAAACCAUUUAACAACCGCUCUACCAAAUAUAAUUCAAUCAGAAAGAUUUGUUUACUUAAUUCCAGAUCUUGCUUAUUUCACUUUCAUUUAACUAAUUGUUGCGUGGAACAUCGGAACCAGUUUGUGUGUGUGUGUGUGUGUGUGUGUGAAUAAUAUAAACUUUACUGACAAGCAGAACUGAGGGACCUUUGCUUUGCACUUGGGAGUAUUUAAAGAUGGACAGGGCCGGGUAAAGUGGGAUUGGACUGGGUCUAGUUGGUCAGGACUGGGUCUAGUUGGACUGUCCGGCUCUGGAUGGAGUAUUUAAUGAUUGACAUAACAUGCUCUAGGUGGGCUGUCUGUUUCUGUAUGGUGUAAUUUAGCUUUUCAAUGUUUCUUAGUGUGUUUUUCUGACAGGGUAGAGUGUGUUUGUGUGCAUGACUGUGUGUUAUGCUCUGACAUGGUAAAGCGUGUAUGAUUGGUUCUUCCAGGAUGGACAGCUGUUUGACAGGUUUGGGAUUGGUUCUUCCAGGAUGGACAGCUGUUUGACAGGUUUGGGAUUGGUUCUUCCAGGAUGGACAGCUGUUUGACAUCGUUGGGUUUGGUUCUUCCAGGCUGUUCAGGAAAAACAGGCUUUGGGAACAAGUCUGCCCUCACGCAGUUCUGGGAUCAGCUCACCCUCCUUGCAUCCUAACCCUUAAUCAGGGAGGGGUUAAAUGACAGAACUGACCUUAGAGCAGUGUUAGGCUGAGCAGGGCCACAUAACCUAGAGACUGGAAGUGUGUUGUUUCCAGAAGCCCUCAGAUCAGCCAUGUUGUUUAGAGGAUGAUGAUUGGUAGUUCAUAUAUUACUGUGCUGUUGUUUAGAGGAUGUUGACUGAUAGUUCAUAUAUUACUGUGCUGUUGUUUAGAUGAGGAUGAUGAUGAAUAGUUCAUCUACUACUGUGCUGUUUGGAUAAUGAUCGAUGGAGGGAAGGCUGCUGUGAGGUGACGGCAUCCAUCUGCUCUACUCUUCACUUCUGUUUGUUUUUCAGUCCUCACUCUCCUCCCUCACUCCCCCAUCUCCCCCUCCAUCCUAUCUUAUCUAUCUCUCUCUCGCUGUCUCCUGGUUGUUAGUUCUUAGGCACUACUGUCUAGCUGUGAGCUGUCCAAUCAGGAAGCUGUGUGUACUCACCGUCAUGCCAAAUCCAGGAAGAGGGAAAGGGGACGGGUUAUUUCAGCUGCGAAAGCUUUGACGAAUGUUUGAGCUGGAACUUUUUGCAAAAGGAUGUUGUGAGGAACUUAUAAAGAAACUAAAACCAUGAGCAAUGUACAAUCCCCUUAGCUGCCUAGCAGUGUUAAACACCACGUGAUCUGGAGGGGAGGGGCCCCAGCCAGAUAUAUACUACUUUUCUAUUUAAAAUGUUGUCGUUCUUCUUUGACUUAUGAUCCUGUGAGCGGAGUCUUGUAUCUGGCCCUGGUUUGAUACGUGGCUCCGGGGCUUUUCUACCAAACUGUGAGUGGUGCGGCUUUCUCCUUGUUAUUUACAUUGACUAGAACGUACUGUUAUGAUGCUAAUUCUCACACGCAAAACCCUGAAAAGCUUUAGUUUAUACCAGCACAAAGACCAGAGGAGGGUGGGGUCGGGGUAGUUUAGGUUGGGGGGGGUUGCUCGGACUAUGCAGAGCGGGCUUUCCUGUGUCCAUCCUGGGGGUGUUUCUGUACAGCCCAAUCCAGUCCCUCCUCCCAAUCCCUGUUUAAUGCCCUACUGCUAGCCAGAGGCCUAGCGUGACAGUUGGCCCUCGGCUGGCGACAGUGCUGCCAAGGUUGCAGUAUUAAAAAAAAAAAAAUGUGCCAUUCUUGAAACCUUUAUAACUUGUAGCAAACCAACCGUUCCAGCUGUAGCAAGGGGAGGUUUGACUCAAAGUUGUUUCCACUAGUUCCUUUUGAGCAGACUCAGGAUUGGUGGAGCUACUCAUCUACACUUCCUUCAACAGAGAUUCUAUCACUGAGAAAUUCAAAAUGUCUAUCAAACAUUGAGACUCACUAGUUUAGUCCGCUGACCUGUAAACCUCAUGUGCACAUUGCUUUGGGACACUGUUGAAACUAUGUAUAGAGAACCAACCAAUGUCUUUAAUAUUGCUAAUAAUAAAAUCUUUUUAAGUUACCAAUUGAAAGGGACAGGGAGGUGUUUUAAACGGCUGUCUCGUCUUCCUGGCAGGGGAGGUUUUAGGGUCUUAGUAUUGUCUUCUUGGGCAAGCGCACUUUCUGAAGGACAACCCUUAUUUGGUUACGAUGAGGCCUGAUGUAACGUGAUUAAAGGUAGAAGCUCCUCCCACUCACAUGUCUCCUGUUGUCACCACAGCGAUUAUGCUUUUCCAUUGUCAUUGUUUUAUUCUUUUUUUUUCUUUGUUGUUUAUUUUCCUUUCUGAUUUUAGUGCUCUUAUGAGAAUGUGUACUAAGGUGUAGAGUUGUUGGGUUGGUGGGUGGUACGGUAGACAGUCUUCAGAGCUGAGCCAUCCAACCAGCCGACCUACCAACCAGACAGACUGAUAACUGUUUGUAACCUUCUGGCCGUUGGGCUGGAACACAAAGCUGUAUGACUUGGGUACAACCCUCAAUAAAACUAACAGUGCUUUACCUCUG